AAUGAAACACUAUAAAAUCUAACCAAAUUUGCACAAAUAUUAUAGUUUAGAAGAAACUGCAUAGAUAUGAAAUUCCUACUUUUCGCUGCACUCAUUGCCUUUGCGGCCGCCCGCCCUUCAAAGACUGGCUCACUCCUCCCUGAGUCCGCAGGACCCAUAAUUCAAGAGCCAGAAAAUAUCAACACCAACCCAGCCCUGGUUGACGAAACUGAGAACAUCAACACCAACCCAGCUCUGGUUGACGAAACCGAGAACAUCAACACCGACCCAGCCCUCGUUGACGAAACCGAGAACAUCAACACCGACCCAGCUCUGGUUGACGAAACCGAGAACAUCAACACUGACCCAGCCCUGGUUGACGAAACCGAGAACAUCAACACUGACCCAGCCCUGGUUGACGAAACCGAGAACAUCAACACUGACCCAGCCCUGGUUGACGAAACCGAAAACAUCAACACUGACCCAGCCCUGGUUGACGAAACCGAGAACAUCAACACUGACCCAGCCCUGGUUGACGAAACCGAGAACAUCAACACUGACCCAGCCCUGGUUGACGAAACCGAAAACAUCAACACCGACCCAGCCCUGGUUGACGAAACCGAGAACAUCAACACCGACCCAGCCCUGGUUGACGAAACCGAGAACAUCAACACCGACCCAGCCCUGGUUGACGAAACCGAGAACAUCAACACCGACCCAGCUCUGGUUGACGAAACCGAGAACAUCAACACCGACCCAGCUCUGGUUGAUGAAACCGAGAACAUCAACACCGACCCAGCCCUGGUUGACGAAACCGAGAACAUCAACACCGACCCAGCUCUGGUUGACGAAACCGAGAACAUCAACACCGACCCAGCCCUGGUUGACGAAACCGAGAACAUCAACACCGACCCAGCUCUGGUUGACGAAACCGAGAACAUCAACACCGACCCAGCCCUGGUUGACGAAACCGAGAACAUCAACACCGACCCAGCUCUGGUUGACGAAACCGAGAACAUCAACACCGACCCAGCCCUGGUUGACGAAACCGAGAACAUCAACACCGACCCAGCCCUAGUUGACGAAACCGAGAACAUCAACACCGACCCAGCCCUGGUUGACGAAACCGAGAACAUCAACACCGACCCAGCCCUGGUUGACGAAACCGAGAACAUCAACACCGACCCAGCCCUGGUUGACGAAACCGAGAACAUCAACACCGACCCAGCCCUGGUUGACGAAACCGAGAACAUCAACACCGACCCAGCCCUGGUUGACGAAACCGAGAACAUCAACACCGACCCAGCCCUGGUUGACGAAACCGAGAACAUCAACACCGACCCAGCCCUGGUUGACGAAACCGAGAACAUCAACACCGACCCAGCCCUGGUUGACGAAACCGAGAACAUCAACACCGACCCAGCCCUGGUUGACGAAACCGAGAACAUCAACACUGACCCAGCCCUGGUUGACGAAACCGAGAACAUCAACACCGACCCAGCCCUGGUUGACGAAACCGAGAACAUCAACACCGACCCAGCCCUGGUUGACGAAACCGAGAACAUCAACACCGACCCAGCCCUGGUUGACGAAACCGAGAACAUCAACACCGACCCAGCCCUGGUUGACGAAACCGAGAACAUCAACACCGACCCAGCCCUGGUUGACGAAACCGAGAACAUCAACACCGACCCAGCCCUGGUUGAUGAAAACGAGCCAAUCUCAACUGACCCCGCUUUGGUUGACAAACCCGUUCCAGCUAGUUCUCCUCUUGUUCAAGUUAUCAUUAACAUUAAAUCUGCCUCAAGCCCAGCUUCCAAGCCCGAAGGCAUUGACAACAGCCCCGCUCUCAUCCCUGAUAGCCCCAUAAUUCCAGACCCAAUCAACAUUGGACAACCCGAUCUUCCCCUCAUCCCAGACCCAAUCAACAUUGGAGUUCCCGUUCUUCCCGACUUAGCCAUCAACCUUCCUGAGGAACUACACUAAAUAACAGUAUUCACAAACAAACAUAAUGUAUAACUGCAAAUAAAUGAUUAUUUUUUUA